AUGUCCAACAAGAGACGAGAUAACACUAAUAAAAGAACGUUUCGUGCUUUCAGUGGCGGUCGCAACUCCCAAGACUGCAGCCGGUCAAAUAAUUCUCGUCCAAAUACGCGAACGGUCGGGAACUUGAACAGUGAACAAUACUAUGCGAACGCGUGUUUUAUGACGCCUUUCCAAUACCAAAACGCGUAUCUGUACGGACUUCCUUAUGUUCAGUAUAGCACGUAUAAUGGAGAAGAGUACCUAAUUGCAAACCACAUAGGCCAACUUCCGUAUCCAGGACUCUACCAGCAGCCACAAACACAUAUUACUCAACGACGCUUUCCUCUGAAUAGGACAGCUUCACGAACACCAAGACGACACAAGCCAAAAACCCGAGGCUCAAUGAACAGGCUUCCCGAGUUUGUACUGGCAGCUAUCCUCGAAGAAUUUCUCACGUAUUCACUUCCACUAUCAUAUGGACAGUCAUGUGCUGCAUUCCUUGGCCUUCGUCUUGUCUCACGUGGCUUCAAUGCGGCGAUGUUGACUGUCAUAUGUCAGUAUAUUUCUCGCAUAUUACGAUUGCGAUACGACAUAAGUCCUAAAUUUAAAUAUGAUACAGAUGAUCGAUCGGUAAUCUGUACGGGUCAAUUGAUUCCACAAUUUGUGUGUUUGAUCCGGUCAAGCAAGAAUAAUCCAUAUGUUUGUAUCAGUUGCGGAUAUGUCAGUUGGUUUGCAUCGUCCGUACCUACACGUGAUCGGAAUAAUUGUGGGCGAAUGUGCUUUGCAUGUUUCAAGCCUUCGCUAUACGAUAGGAUGACAUCCUCUAGAUUUAUAAAGACUACUGGAGAGCUAGUUGAAUUCCGCAAGCAGUAUAUGAGCGAGUUGGCUGAUGAUGAAUGGGUCAGCGAAUUGCCAUGGGUUUGGGAUAUUAACGAAGAUGGGCAAUAUACCACAUGGAUGUGUUAUCAGCGAUUGAAGGAAUUUGUCAAGUUCUUUUACUCUGACAAGGCUGAAUUGAUUACAAAAGGCGAUAAUUGGGUCAUCGUCUGA